AUGCACUUGCUUGCCCGCCAUGGCCAGCAUCCGAAGACGGCACGCGCUGAAGUACGCUUGCUUAGGAUGGUGCAUCGACACUGUGGGGAUGUUGGAUUCGUCACAUCGGCAUCUCAUGUCGCAAUGCAGCGGUUAGUCCGCGACACCGGGAGCCCGACUCGGCGCGGUUCGCCGCGUCCGCGAUGCGGGCGUGCGGCCGGCCUGGGCGAUGUGGGCACGGCCUCCAGCGGUGACCUAGCUUUGGGUGCCGUUCUCCUGGCCUUCCUCGGCACUUACUUGCCACAGGUCCUCCGACUGGGCCAAGGCAGCACAUGGCAGGUCGACGGCUUUCGCUACUUCGCGAACCGGGGUCGGCAAGCCUUCUCAGACGCCACACACGCGCUGGCUGGGAAGUACCCAGGAUAUCGCGACAAUGCGGUUUUCACUUACUUUGACACGUUUGGCGGGAAGACGCUCCCCGACAUGGGCAGCUACUCCCGCUUGGUGCAGCUUAUCGAUCGAGGCGUGACUGACGUGUAUGAUCACAAGCGCGGGCUCGAGCUCCGCUUGCGUGAGUUCGGCUGCUCCGACGUGUUUCCUGCCACUUACUUCUCGUCGGCCGAAGCGUUGCAGGCAACCAGCUCCGAGCCUGAUGCAUUGUUCUUCGCAAAGCUGCCGGAACAAAGCGGGGGUUGUGGCAUCCGAAUUCUGCGCCGUGAGGACUUGCAGCGCGAAGAGCUGCCCAGUGAGUACAUCAUUCAACGUGCUGUACAGGAUCUCGAGCUGAUUGAUGACCGGAAGUUUGUGAUCCGAUUUUUUUUCGUAGUGCACGAGAAGUGCAUCUAUCUUCACGAGGUAGGUGUCCUGAUCGUGCACGGCGAGAAGUACGACCGCCGCAGUGUAGAUAUGGUUGUCCAGGCAAAACAUGACUGGUACGACGACAGCUCCGAGACGUAUCUCAUACUGCUGCAGUCCGUAGAGCAGGCGCCGCGCUGGCGCAAGGCGAUUGCCGCAAGACUUCGCGAGGCCCUGCCUGCAAUGGGCCCGCUGCUGGACUCCAGCGGCUCCGACCGCUACGCACUGGUGGGUGGGGAUGCGCUGAUUCAAAGCAACGGCGAAGCGAAGCUCAUCGAGUUCAACAUGUACCCCAAUCUCUUCAGUGACCAGGACUUUGUCGAUAAGCAGGUGUACGCAGUUCUCCUCAAAGACAUGAUGGAGCUACUUCUGCUGGGAAAGCUAUCGUCCGGUUUUGCCUGGACAAUCAAAGGUGAUGGAUGUGGCGCAGAAAAGAUGAGACUCAAGAGAUUGGACCAUCUGUUCCGAUAUGAAACUAGGGUCAAUCUCGAUAUGAAUACAGAGGUGCAUAGUAUUUAUCAUAGUUUCACUGGCUGUAAAAAUGCAUGCAACCCAAGCCUGGUCCAAACUGAAAGUAUUGGAUGGAAGCAAGCACAAAUCACGCGGGGAGGGGUCACGGAGGUGUUUAGAUCUGAUCCGUCUUCGUGUUGGAGACUUCCUGUCAAACAUGUUUUUUGCGAGUUGUUCCAAGCCCCCUUGACCGUAGACUCUUAG